CAUUUUUCAAGUUACUUCAGAAUGGAACCAUUCCAAUCAAUCGACGCUUUUCGAUAUUUCUGGUGGAAUUGGAAAGUUGUUGGUUUAAACACCAGUCCCAAAUAUAGAAUCCUCAAUACCAUUUAUAUAAUAUUCAUCUGCAUAACUGGAAUGUUAUUUCCUUCACUUCAACAAAUUGCUCAAUCAUUUUUGGUAGCCACAUACGCCGAGUUAGUGAGUAAUCUUUCACUAAGUUUGGAAUGGGCAUGCAAUGUUACCAAACAUUUUUUCCUAAUCCCAUGGUUCAAACAAAUUAUGAGUGCUCAUCGAUAUUUAGAACCUUUGGAUAUAAGAAUUCAACGAUUUGACGAAGAAUUGAAAAUAAUGCGAGGAAUUGUCAAAAAUUGUCGCCGACUUUAUGUUGCUUACAAUGUCACUUUUAUGACAAGUUUAAUCUUUUAUGCUGUCAAUGGAGUUGUUAAUAAGAAGAUUAUGUUUGAAGCCUAUAUUCCAUGGGAUUGGAAGUCUUCAACGAAAAAAUAUAUCCUAGCUUUUGGCUAUCAAUUUUGGACCUCAGUAGUUCAGUUGAUUAUAAGUUUGGCAAUUGAUAAUUUUGCAAUUUGUUAUGUGUACGUGAUGUGGGGACAUUUGGAGACUCUGGCAAUUCGAAUUUCUCGAAUUGGAUAUGACAGGACUAAAAGUCAGGAGGAUAAUUAUAAGGAAUUGAUUGCAUGCGUUCAUGAUCAUGGAAAUAUUUAUCAGUUUUUUGAACUUGUCCGACCAGUCAUUUCCGGAGCAGUACUUAUCCAAUUUAUGGUUACAGCAUUUGCAUUAUGCUUGGCAAUUUUUGAUUAUCUCUUCUUUGGUAGUAAUCUUGCCAAAUUACUGAUGACUCUUGCUUAUGUUGCCGUACUUUUUUGCCAAGUUAUGCCAUGUUGUUAUUUUGUCAAUGAUUUGAUGACAAGCAGUGACAGUCUUACUACUGCAUUAUACUCCUCCAAUUGGAUGGAUCAAACACCAAAAUUUAAGAAAACUAUUAUUAUAUUUAUGCAAAGAACUCAAAAGACGACAGUUAUUAUGGCUGGUAAUAUUGUACCAGUGACAUUGCAGACAUGUGUUAGUAUCAUUCGAUUCUCAUUUUCAAUGUUCACGCUUUUGAAACAGAUGUAAGAAUACUAAAAUGCACGGUGUUCAUUAUAAGGACAAAUGAAUAUAUUUAUAUAACGA